CACAUAUCCACUGAGGAAAAGUUGAGGCGCUGGUCUGCGAUCGUGCUCAGGAACGGAUUUAAAGCUUUAAACAGUUAUAAGAAAGAGAGGUGAACCAUGUCUUCCUGUGCGGUGAAGUCCAGAAGCAGGAACCCGUACACAGCGGUGCAGGUGGACCCAGACAGUGACUACAUAACACCAGGAACACUCGACCUAGAGCAGCUGUUCUGGAGCAGCUCCGGGGCUCAGUAUGCUCACGUCAACCAGGUCUGGCCCAGUGUGUACAUCGGGGAUGAGAAAACAGCUCUGGAGCGGCCUGGCCUGAGGGAUCUGGGUAUUACACAUGUCCUUAAUGCAGCAGAGGGAAAGUGGAACAACGUACUGACUGGUGUUGAUUACUACACUGAUGUGGACAUCCAGUACUUUGGUGUGGAGGCUGAUGACAAGCCCACCUUUAAUAUCUCCCAGUAUUUCUGCUCUGCAGCCCAGUUCAUCCACGAGGCCCUCAGUCACCCACAAAACAAGGUGCUGGUGCACUGUGUGAUGGGUCGGAGCAGGUCAGCGGCUCUGGUCUUGGCAUACCUGAUGAUGAAACACAGCUUAACUGUGGUGGAUGCUAUCGAGCAUGUGCGGCAGCGCCGCUGCGUUCUUCCCAAUCACGGCUUUCUGAAACAGCUCCGAGCUCUGGACAUCACGCUGCAAGAGGACAGGCUGAGAGAAAAAAGAGACGCAGCACCAAGAGUGACAGAUUUAUAAUAACUGUAUUUAAACAUUGUCUGAAUCCAUCUCAGAUAUACAAAAAUGUUCUUUAUCUUUUUUUGACUAAUAUCAAUAAACUCUGUCUUGUUUUUCACAACUGGGUCCCUCUAUAGUCUCAAAGUUCAAAGGUAACAUUGAGGAAUGGGGCACCCUAUGGACUUAGUUAUGUAACAGCAAGAGUGAUUGUCAACAUCUCCAGAUGUGCUGCCUGAAAAGUAUAAGAACAGAUUUUAACAAGUGAGACACACAUAAUAGGUCCUGAAAAGUUGAUUUUAAGCAACUUUGUAUAUAUGUGUGUCUGUCCAAUGAGUUUAGAUCUGCAAUCUCUUGGGUUCUUAUCGUAGAUAGCUUACUAAUCAUGAAAGCUAUCUACCGAUCUUUUUUUUAUGAGCAUUUGAGGGAUUCAAAAUACAAUCUACACAAUGAUUGAUGUCAAUUUUAUUUGUGAAUUUUAUGCAUGGCAGUUCAGCACAAAGAUGGGCAAGUCAAGUGCAAUAGAAAUCAGGAAUACAUUGUCACUUAAGGCUUAAUGGUGUAUUUGAACAUAUUAAAAUAAAUGAAAAGUGGAACAAUA